UUCCUUGCUAUUUUCCCCAAUUUAUAUAUAAAGAAAAGUGUUCUUCGAGAGAGAGAGGAACGAUGAAGACGACUUCCAUUCCCUUGUUACGAUCGGCUCCACCCCUGUCUCCAAUCCGGCCGGUCUUCCAUUCCCACAAUCCUCUGCGGCUUCCUUCGAAGUCUCCGGCACUACGGGUCUCAGCCGACCACUACCGCAUCGAAGUCAGAAGGGUCAGUUAUCGACCUCCUGGGACCCAGCACAACCUAUUGAGUGAAGUUAGUUUCUCCCUUCCCCAGAAAAGCUUUGGCCUGAUUUUUGGACGAAGUGGAAGCGGGAAAACCACUCUUUUACAGCUUCUUGCUGGACUAUCCAAACCUACCUCUGGAUCAAUCAAUAUUCAAAGAUAUAGAAAUGAUGGAAACCCAAAUGGACCUCCACAAACAUUGUCACCGGAAAGGGUUGGCAUUGUGUUUCAGUUUCCUGAGAGGUACCUUUUGGCUGAUACUGUGCUCGAGGAAGUUACUUUUGGCUGGCCAAGACAGAAGGCAGACCUCGCAUUGAGAGAACAACUUGCUUUGAAACUUCAAUUUGCAAUUAAUUCGGUCGGUUUGAAUACGAUCUCCUUGGAGGAAGACCCACAUUCUUUAAGUGGUGGUUUCAAGCGGCGGCUGGCUUUGGCUAUUCAAUUAGAUCUUCAGGUUCAAAUGCCAGAUUUGCUGCUACUAGACGAGCCUCUUGCAGGUCUUGAUUGGAGAGCUCGUGCUGAUGUUGUGAAGUUGCUAAAGCAUCUAAAGAAUGAACUAACACUACUUGUCGUGAGUCAUGAUUUGAAGGAACUAUCAAGUCUGGUGGAUCUAUCAUGGAAGAUGGAAAUGGGAGGGAUGCUAAAGGAAGAACCCCUACCUAUAUGAUGCUACAAGUCCCCUUUCCUGUCCCAUUAUUUGCAUGAUGAUUUUACCCAAGACAAGGGAGAUGUCGCUGCAUCUAGCAAAUGAUACUACCAUGCACCUCGAAUGAGCCCCAACGUAAGAAGUCCAUAUUCUUGGAUGACUUGUGAGCUAUCCCUGAAAAAGUUGAUCACUCCUCGUAACCAUAUCAACUGCUUGUAGUUUGCUGAUAAUGAUCGCUGUAUGUACUGUUGGAGGAUUUUUUUUUUUUUUGAAAAAAAAUCCCAUUAGAAUGUGUGCAAGGAAACAUCUACGUUGCAGUUGUUGCUUGUUUAUGUUAGACAUUACAUGAUGUAUAUGACAACUAACUCUCCUCUGAAUAUCAAAAUAUGGAAUUGCUUUUGUUUUCUGUUCA